AUGGCAAAACCAAAAGCCGCCAAAUCGUCCAAAUCCCAACCCACCACCGCCACCACUGCGCCGCCGUCAUGGCCCAAGUUCAAGCCCCCGCUGCCCGUCGUCGACCUCGUGCCCCAGACGCACCCCGGCACCGACCACAUCGUCACCCUCGACGCCUUUUUCCCGCGCAGCCUGUGCCGGGACUACGUCGCCUUCCUGUCCUCGCUCGCGCUGCAGACGACGCCCGGCACGCCCCGCCGCGGCGACGCCGUGCGCGUCAACGACCGCUUCCAGGUCCACGACGGGGCGUUUGCGCGGGCCCUCUGGGAGAAGACGGGUCUGCGGGAGGCGCUGACCUCUUCGUCUUCCCCGGUCAACGAUCUAUGGGGUGGCGAGCCGAUUGGGCUGAGCCCAAACAUCAGGGUGUACCGGUACACAAAAGGCCAGUUCUUUGACUGCCACUAUGACGAGUCCAACAACGUCACUCUCGAGAUUGACGACAGGCCCGUGCAGGCGCGCACGACAUGGACGCUGCUGCUCUACCUGACGUCCGCGUCCGAGGGCUGCGUCGGCGGCGAGACCGUCUUUUACCCGCACGACCGCCAGUCCGAGGCCGAGGCCAUGCCCGUGUCGCUGCAGACGGGCAUGCUGCUCCUGCACAAGCACGGCGACGACUGUCUUUUGCACGAGGGCAGAGAGGUCCGCGCAGGUGAGAAAUGGGUGCUGAGGACUGAUUUGUGUAUUAAGCGCUAG